UAAGGCGCUCUCUUUGCCGGCGGCGCUGCGGCUGAGACGGGACAGGGCGGCGAGGGGCCGGUAGCUCCGCCCUGUUCGGAGGAGGGGAGGAGGGUGUCCCGCAGCAAUGAGUGACAUGGAAUCGUACAAGGUGGUGCUGGACGGGCCAGCCCCAUGGGGUUUCAGGCUACAGGGGGGCAAGGACUUCAACAUGCCACUCUCCAUCUCCAGACUCACGCCUGGGGGCAAAGCAACCCAGGCAGGUGUGGGAGUAGGUGACUGGGUGCUCAGCAUUGAUGGAGAGAACACCAGCAGCCUGACCCACAUUGAAGCCCAGAACAAGAUCCGUGCUUGCGGGGACAAGCUCUGCCUCACCUUAAGCAGGGUCCAGAACCUCCUGGGCAAACCUCAGAAGGUGCAGAAACCUGACAAGCACUCUUUGCGGCUGGUGAGCCUGCCAGCCUUCCUUCCCAGUGACUCCAGCAAAAAGAGACUUAUUGAGGGCACGGAGGACUGGCGGCCACGGACUGGCACUACCCAGUCCCGUUCUUUCCGUAUCCUGGCCCACCUGACGGGCACAGAAUUCAUGCAAGACCCGGAUGAUGAGCAUGUUAGGAAAGCCAGCCAGGUCUCCAUGCCGGAUCUGUCUUCUGCGCCAUCCUUGAAAGUGGAGCCUGGAUAUGGUUCUGCUGCUACGAAACCUGCUCCUAUCUCGAGCCCUACCAGUCGUCCCCCGUGGGCUGUAGAUCCUUCCUUUGCUGAGCGAUAUGCCCCCGAUAAAACCAGCACAGUGUUGAGCAAGCACAGCCAGCCAGCCACCCCAACACCUGUGCAGAACCGCAACUCCAUUGUCCAGGCUGCGCAGCAAGCACCUGAAAGUGCCAGCAAAACACCUAUCUGCUAUCAGUGUAACAAGAUUAUCAGAGGGCGUUACCUGGUGGCCCUGGGCCGUUACUACCACCCUGAGGAGUUCACCUGCUCACAGUGCAGGAAAGUGUUGGAUGAAGGUGGCUUUUUUGAGGAGAAGGGCUCCAUCUUCUGCCCUAAGUGUUAUGAUAUGCGCUAUGCCCCCAACUGUGCCAAAUGCAAGAAGAAGAUUACGGGGGAGAUCAUGCAUGCCCUGAAGAUGACUUGGCAUGUCCAGUGCUUUAUCUGCGCUGCCUGCAAAACGCCCAUCCGCAACCGUGCCUUUUACAUGGAAGAAGGGCAGCCUUACUGUGAGAGAGACUAUGAGAAGAUGUUUGGAACAAAAUGCCGUGGCUGUGACUUCAAGAUAGAUGCUGGUGAUCGGUUCCUGGAGGCGCUGGGCUUCAGCUGGCAUGACACUUGCUUUGUCUGUGCGAUCUGCCAAGUUAACUUGGAAGGAAAAACAUUCUACUCCAAAAAGGACAAGCCCCUGUGCAAGAGCCAUGCUUUCUCCCAUGUGUGAGGGAUGAGGAGAAUGGGGGGAGAAGAGAGGACCCCAUUGCCCAAGCUGUUUCUCACUCUAAGCACUGUACCUCCAUCCCCACGCCUUGCCCUGUUCUUACACACACACACAAACACAGAGAGAGAAAGAGAGAGAGAGAAUGGGUCCAGGCCGUUCUCUUGACAAUCAUUUCCACUGAAGGGUGGAACACUCAGGAUUCUCUUCAGUAUUUUGGGAGGAUUUAGUUACAUGGCUUUAGAACAUUGCCUUCUCUUCUUCUUUUUUAAAGUAGAACUCCAUUCUGUGCAAGCUCUGAGUGAUGGGGCAGGAUCAUCACUACACUUCCUAUGCUGUGAAGCCAUAGUGUCAUUAAUCAGAAGGAACUGCCAAUAGUUUUGUCGCUCUUGGGGCCAGCUGCAGCCAAAGAAGGGAGACCUAGAAUAUUACUGUUUACCUGAAAGAUCCCAAAUGCUAGUUCUGUUGUAAAAUAGGCAACACCUGAGACCUGGCCCUCCUUUUAGCUCAUUUUCUAAACAAGUGUGAACAUUUAUGGUUACGCCCUUGGGAAUGAUAGCAAUCCGCAAAGCCUGAUCCUGGAUGUGGCUCACUCCAAUUAAUUCCCACCACCUUUGAAAAACAACCAUCACAUUCUCUUCCUCUUUGCCCUGACCCUUCCGAGGAAGCAUUGCAAAGCAUUUUUAUCAUCCAUGCUGGCUCAGUGUCACACUAGUCUGUUUGCCCCUUGUCUGUGAGUACCUGUUCUCACCUUUUAGUGGCAGGAGCCCAUUCCAGCCAUGCUGCCCUAUUGACACUUCCCACAGUGAAGACUAAUAAAAGACCACAGAGCAAGAAGACCCCUGUCCCCAGGAAUAAAGCAGCGACGUGUUCAGGAUAGAGCAUCGUACUAUAAGUUCCAGCAGAGCAAGUAAAAAAUAAUUCUAAAAUGCCAUGGAGAAUGGAGGCACUGCAGUAUCCAGUUUCUUCACACCAGCAAAAACUGCUUCUCCCACACCCACACCCACACCCAUACCCACCCACCCACACACACACAGAGCAUACAUACAGUGUGGCAUCUGCCCGUAGCUUGAAGUCCCUCAGCCAGAACUGACAUGGAACAUUGCUACCAAAGAGUCAUUAUUUCUGUUUUGCUCUAAAUACGUUUCCCAGAACUGUACUGUCCGCCUGGGAGUCUGAUUUUUUUUUGCUCAUCUUGGUGGUGCUUUCAGUGCCUAAUAAAAUAUUUUAAUUCUUUGCCACCUAA